CCUGUGGUGGUGCAGUGAGCAGCAGCCUUUCCCCUGAGAGCGGUCUGCGUUAUGGAUCCCGGUACCACCAUCCUGCGGGUGAAGCGGAAGAGGGGCACCGACCCCGCGGACGCGCUACUGCUCGCCUGUAAGCGCGUCCGAGCCGAGUCCGGUACCGCGCCACCCGAACCGGAACCCGAGCCCGGUCACGCGCGCAUCGAGAGCUCCGUGUUCAAGCUCGUGGCCACAGUCUCCUCACAGGACGACCCGGUGCAGACACAUGUGCGUGAAGCCCUUUCUCGUCCACGUCUCGCACACGCCUUGCGUCCGUCUCACGGCAGCUCCAGCAGAAUCGUCAGAGACUUGCGCAAUGCCAAAUGGAGCACCAGGAGAGAAGAGCGAUACCGCAUCCUCUCCAGCCACCGGGCUGGGCUUCCUGCAGAACCCCUCAAGGAAGAAGAACAUAAAGACAGUCAGUCUCAGACAGACACAGAACCUCGUUUGGGAGGCGUGCAGGUGUUCGAUAUCGUUCAGGAAGAUGUCGAGGAGGACGAGAAAGAUCUUGAGAUGAGCCUGAAGUCUGAUCCAGAGACGAUUCUGUGUAACUCUGUGAAACUGAUACGUGAGAAGCUGAGCGUGUCGAGUCACGGAGCUGGAACUGAACACCGUGAGAAAGAUGAUGACUACGUUUACGAUUUGUAUUACCAAGAAAUGGCCACGCCCGGCUGGAUUCAGGACAUUUUAUCGGUCCAGCCCUACGCUGAAGAAGGAGAGCUAGUACCUGACGAGGUCGUUUUGGAGCAGGAAGUGUAUGAGGAUGAGGACGAUGAAAACGCUGAAUGCAACUGGAGAAAUGAUUAUCCAGACGAGGAGGGCAGUGAAGGCGAGAGUGACGACGAGCGUUAUGGAGGUUGGGGUGAGGAGCAUUCGUACAGCCGCAGGAGCUGGGAGCGCUAUCAGAGGGAGGUGAUGGAGGAGGGGGAGGGGGACAGUGAGAACGCAGACGAAUCCGACAAUUCAGACUGAGACACUGUGUGUGUGUGUGUGUGUGUGUGUGUGUGUGUGUGGUUUUGCUCACAUAAUCAUCAGUCCGUGUUGUGUUUGUGUGCCAGUUGGUGUGUGUAAUCCUGCAGAGGCUUUGUUCGUGUUGGGUGUGUGUGAUGUGUGGUGUUGCUCUGUUUAAUGAUGUGAAUCCUAGUUUUAUAAGAGGUGUGUGACUAGUUGUGUGUUGUGUGAGUAUCAUGUGUGUGUGGAAACAAUCCUGAAAUAAGUACUAUUCUGUAAAUAUGUAUAGAUAAAAAUACAGUAAAUAAAAAAGGUUUCAAAUGGAGAAGUGUUUAUUGAUGCAGUUAUAAUAAUUUAUCACUUCUGUCUCAGCUGCACUUUAUAAAAGUGAAUUAAAUCAGGAAAUCACUAAACAAUAAAAUUAGACGUAAAAACUCCA